AUGUGGUGUCCAAGACUUGACAAUUGCGCCUGCAGCGUUCCGCUCGCCAUACUCUUACGCAUUCCGCUUAUCUUCUUGCACCAUUUUCAGCCCCACGACACCCGUUGCUUCUCCCGUGGCUCCAUACAGCGCAGUAAUUUGCUCUGCUUUUAG